AUGUGUACAUCUGAACAUCACCUGACCUCCUGCUGUCUUCCGUGUUUCACCUUCCACCUGAUCCUCGCACUCCAGUCCCCGUCCGAGCUUGCCUCCAACCAGUUGGUCAAUAGCUUUUACCUCUUGGCCGUGACCUUCCAGGCUGUAGGGGGCACCACAGAGAAGCUAUGUAUCACGGUGAACCCCUAUGAAGUAGUUUCAUUGGAAGUGAACCUGGAUCUUAAUGGCGACAGAGUGGUACUUCUGAAGGAAAUAUUUAUUAGACAAGGAUACUACCGCUGUAUCCCGUUCCAGGUUCCUGUUGUAAGCGUGGAAUCAGUAGCGUCUAUUGACAUUCAGAUAAAUGGAGAAAGCACAUCCCUGUACAAGACAACAAAGAUCCUCAUCAAACCUCCGACUUCUCUGAUUAUCAUUCAGACGGAUAAACCCAUCUACAAACCAGGACAAACUGUGAUGUUCCGCAUCGUCUCUCUUGAUUCCAAUUUCCUCACCUACAAUCAGACGUUUCCAACAAUAGAAGUGCAGGACCCAAAUUCGAACCGCAUUGGUCAGUGGCUGAACGUGCCCUCGUACGGCAGUGUUGUGGAUCUGUCAUAUCCCUUGAACUCUGAGGCCACAAAAGGAUUUUAUGUCAUCACUGUCCGGAGCCAGAAAAAUGAAGAGAAAAUACAAUCCUUUGAAGUCAAGGACUAUGUUCUGCCCACGUUUGAAGUGACGGUCCAACUUCCUCCAGUCAUAACCAUCCUGGACACACAGGCUACGCUGAAAGUGUGUGCUAAAUAUACAUACGGGAAGCCGGUGAAUGGGACGGUGAAGGCCAAAGUCUGCCAUAACAGCUACAGAUACUUCUGGAUCCGACUAGGAAGCACAAUGCUACCAAACAUCUGCAAGGACUAUAUAUUCAAGGUUAAUCAGCUUACUCUGAAACCAACAGAAUAUGCUCAUAACAUCAACUCUACUGUUGCCGUCAAAGCAGACAAGCAGCUGCUCCGACUUACACCAAUGGCCAAAGCAGUGGAUUUUAUCUGUUUUGUAGCAGAGAUCAAAGGCACACUGUUUCUGUCACUGAGGAACAUGCUACAGUUUUCCCCGGUUGCUCAGGUGGUCCUGUACACAAUCCUUUCCAGUGGUGAGGCUGUAGCAGACAGCAUGAACUUCCCUAUUCAGCUGUGUUUUGCUAACAAGGUGUCUCUGAAUUUCUCAGAAUCAUCGGAGCUUCCUGGUGCUAAGGUGUCUUUGAUCCUGAGAGCCACCCCAGGAUCACUGUGUUCAGUGAGGGCCAUCGAUCAGAGUCUGUUAUUGCUGCGACCAGAGAAUGAGCUCAACACGGAAUCUGUGUUCAACAUGCUGCCUGUCAAGACGUUAUUAGGAUAUCCAUACAACUUCUAUGAUGAGGAUUCAUCCGAAUGCUGGGGGAGGCCAGUUUAUAUACCAAACUAUGGUAAAAUCGAUGUGUACAACACAUUUAAAGAUGUUGGAAUCAAGAUACUCACCAAUGCCAUAGUCAAGAAACCUAUUGAGUGUUUUCCAUUUCAAACAACUGUUGACAUAGAAGAAACAAUCAUGCCUAUACGAAGGAAUAUAAUGCCCAUGCUUACAUUAACCAUGAAUACAACACCCAUGACUGCAUCAACCACAGUUGAAACAAGUGCUUCAACUACCUCGAGAUCAACAACUCCUUCAGUUGCCCCAGUCGUUACGAUCCGCAAAUAUUUCCCAGAGACGUGGAUUUGGGAUCUCGUUUCAGUCAGUCAGACUGGAUCAACGACUGUUAUUAAAAUGGUUCCAGACUCCAUCACUACAUGGCAGGCUGGUGCAUUUUGUACAUCAUCUGUUGGGUUCGGAGUCGCACCGAAAACCCAGCUCACUGCCUUCCAGCCUUUCUUUGUGAGCCUCACCAUGCCGAGCUCCGUCAUCCGAGGAGAAGUGUUCACGCUCAAAGCCACCGUCUUCAAUUACCUCCAAAGCUGCAUGAUGGUAAAGGUGAGUUUGGCUGGCUCAAAUCAAUUCUCAGCACAAGUGUGUAAAGACUGCCGUUACACAAGCUGCCUGUGUGCUGACGAGAGCCAGACCUUCUCCUGGACCAUCACACCACUGGUUCUGGGGGUGGUAAGCAUCAAUGUGACGACGGAGGCUGUGCAAUCAUCGACUCUGUGUGGGGCGAGUGCAGUUACUGUACCACAGAAAGGACGCAUCGACAUGGUCAUUAAAAGACUGCUAGUGAAGGCUGAGGGAACCAAACUAUGUAAAAGCUACAAUGAACUUCUCUGUCCAGAUGGUAUUGUUCAGACGACCGUCUCACUGAUUCUGCCUGAGGUGUUCGUGGAAGGUUCAGCCAUGGCCUCAGUCUCUGUCCUGGGAGAUCUGAUGGGCCGAGCUCUACAGAACUUGGCGAGUCUCCUGGCGAUGCCGUACGGCUGUGGAGAGCAAAACAUGCUACUCUUCGCCCCCAACAUCUUCAUCCUGCUGUACCUGGAGAGCACCAACCAGCUCACGCCCCAGAUCAGGAGCACAGCCGAGACCUACCUCGUGAGCGGAUAUCAGAGAGAACUGACCUACAAACACACUGAUGGAUCUUACAGUGCUUUUGGGAUGAGUGAUCGAUCAGGCAACACAUGGUUGACGGCAUUCGUGAUGAAGUCUUUCGGAAGUGCCAAGCGAUACAUCUUUGUAGAUCAGAUGCUUGUAGAUCAGGCGAAGGCCUGGCUCGGUCAAUGGCAGCAGGCUAACGGAUGCUUUGCCUCAGUGGGACAACUCAUCCACACUGACAUGCAGGGAGGGGUGAAUGAUGAGGUGACUCUCUCGGCGUACGUCGCAGCUGCAAUGCUGGAGCUCAAUUAUACAAUUGCAGAUCCUGUGGUGAACAGGAGUCUCGAGUGCCUGAGGAAUGCGUACACUCAGGUGAACUCCACCUACGCCAAGGCUCUCCUUUUCUACACCUUCACUCUAGCUGGAGAUCAGGGGAUGAAGAACACUCUCAUCUCAGACCUGGAUGCAAAGGCCAUAGUUUCAGGAGGCGGGAGGUACUGGAGCAGAGUGGAUAGUGGGUCUGUGACGGACUCUUUGGAGGUGGAGAUUACCUCGUAUGUGCUUCUGGCUCUGAUGUCUGGACCCCAGCUCUCCGGAUUUGGCCUGGGUUACAGCGCCAGCAUCGUCCGUUGGCUUUCUCAGCAGCAGAAUGCCUUCGGGGGUUUCAGGUCUACACAGGACACUGUCGUGGCUCUCCAGGCUCUGGCAAAAUUCAGUCUCGUCAACUACAGUCCAGCAGGAGCUGUUACUGUUACUAUAACAUCACCAUCAGGGGUGAUUAACACGUUUAACAUCAAUCAGAGUAACAGGCUGCAGUAUCAGGAGAGUCAGCUGGAGGAGGUUCCUGGAGAUUACAACGUCACAGCACAAGGGAAAGGCUGUGUGUACGUGCAGUUCACUUUGUGCUACAACAUCCCUCCUCCUCCUGACCAGUCUUCAUUUACUAUCUCAGCCUCAGCAUCUGGAAAAUGCAAGGUCCCAAAUCCAUCUCUGGAAGUGAAAAUUACUGUCAGAUAUAACGGUCAACGAUUGCUGACCAACAUGGUGAUCAUUAACGUCAAGCUUCUGUCUGGAUUCAGUGCGGACGAGGCGUCUGUGAAGCUUGUGAACAGCAGUCCAGAUUCGACUGAUGGAUCUGUGAACAUUGUGGAACAAGCUGAUGGUGAAGUCAAUAUCUACCUGAAUGGACUGAAAAAAGGAGUGGAGAAGGUGUACACGCUGAGGAUCGUGCAGGACAUUGCAGUGGCGAACCUGAAACCAGCCGUUGUGAAGGUUUACGACUACUACGAGACCGGUACGCAUCAUUCUGUUAAUCUUUAUCAAUCAUUAAAAGCAGAUUUUUUUUGUCCAAAAAGCUUAGUGUAUGAACUUAACCAUGGUUUCUAUUUUUAUCUUUGACUUUAGGUGACUCUGCUGUAACUGACUACACCUCACCAUGCACUUAAUACAGAAAACGUGCACUUUAAUCCAUCAUCUCUUUUCCUUUUCACUUUUUUCUCCAUAUUUUACUUUCAUCUACAGUAAAAACUUAGCAAAUUCAUAAAUGUUUAGUAAGUACUAAAUGUUUUUUUUUUUUAAAUCUGUCUUGUUAUAAUGAUCAACUUAAACAUACAAUACAUCUUUUGGUGUGAGUGUAACGGACACAAUGCAGGAGAUUUCAACUUUGUACAUGUCUAUAAUACUACAUGUACUAAAAUUCUUUGCAUAUGUACUGUAUACUGUUGAGAUACUGUAUACGUUAAAAAUUCCUGUUUCUUUAUAUUGUAGAUCAUCUACUUAAAAGUCUUUAUUCUGCAGAUGUAAUCACAAGGCAAUUCAUGAGGUGCUGAGCAAAAAUAUUAAUAAAAUGUUUAAAUGUGUCGAUCCUGAGCAGCGCAGCAGAAAUGUCUUCACCGUAUUGUUGAGAUUUAGAAUUUGAACUCUGACAUAAAAAUCCCAUACAACAGAUAAACAUGUGUACAUACAGUACAUUUCCUCCAGCUCCAGUCAUCAUUAUUCUCACCUGUGUCUUGUUUUCUCGACUCGUCUAUGUAUGUAUUUUAUUUAAUUUAUAGUCCGUUGUUGCAAAGUCUUGUUCCAUGCUUCUAGACUGCAACCUUGUUCAUUAUUAAUAGUUUAAACACUCAUGGUUGUGCUGUUGUAGGAAA